UAUUAUAAAGAUAGAUGUGGAUUAAUAUUAUGGCAGAUGUAAAUUAAAAUAUAAGGCAGAUGUAGAGUAAUGUGACAGGGCAGAUAUAGAUUUAUUUCAGAAGCAGAUAUAGAAUAACAUCAGAGGCAGAUGUAGCAUCAGAUGUAGCAUUUCAGAGGCAGAUGCGGAUGACUGGCAAAUGCGGUUGUGGAUUAAUGGUGGAGGCAGAUGAAAAUUAAUGUCGGAGGCAGAUUUGCAUUAAUUUCAGAGGCAAAUGUGGAUUAUUGGCAAAGGCAAAUGAAAAUUAAUGUUAGAGGCAGAUGUGGAUUAAUGGCAAAGGCAGAUGAGAAUUAAUUUUAGAGGCAGAUGUACAGUCGUGGCCAAAAGUUUCGAGAAUUACAUAAAUAUUGGAAAUUGGAAAAGUUGCUGCUUAAGUUUUUAUAAUAGCAAUUUGCAUAUACUCCAGAAUGUUAUGAAGAGAAUUCAGAUAAAUGAGUCCUUCUUUGCCAUGAAAAUUAACUUAAUCUCAAAAAAAACAUUCCACUGCAUUUCAUUGCUGUCAUUAAAGGACCCACUGAGAUCAUUUCAGUAAUCGUUUUGUUAACUCAGGUGAGAAUGUAGACGAGCACAAGGCUGGAGAUCAUUAUGUCAGGCUGAUUGGGUUAGAAUGGCAGACUUGACAUGUUAAAAGGAGGGUGAUGCUUGAAAUCAUUGUUCCUCCACUGUUAACCAUGGUGAACUGCAAAGAAACGCGUACAGCCAUCAUUGUGUUGCAUAAAAAUGGCUUCACAGGCACGGAUAUUGUGGCUACUAAGAUUGCACCUAAAUUAACAACUUAUAGGAUCAUCAAGAACUUCAAGGAAAGAGGUUUAAUUCUUGUAAAGAAGGCUUCAGGGCGUCCAAGAAAGUCCAACAAGUGCCAGGAUCGUCUCCUAAAGAGGAUUCAGCUGCGGGAUCGGAGUGCCACCAGUGCAGAGCUUGCUUAGGAAUGGCAGCAGGCAGGUGUUAGCGCAUCUGCACACACAGUGAGACGAAGACUUUUAGAAGAUGGCCUGGUGUCAAGAAGGGCAGCAAAGAAGCCACUUCUCUCCAAAAAAAACAUGAGGGACAGAUUGAUCUUUUGCAGAAAGUAUGGUGAAUGGACUGCUGAGGACUGGGGCAAGGUCAUAUUCUCCGAUGAAGCCUCUUUCCGAUUGUUUGGGACAUCUGAAAAAAGGCUUGUUCGGAAAAGAAAAGGUGAGCGCUACCGUCAGUCCUCUGUCAUGCCAACAGUAAAGCAUCCUGAGACCAUUCAUGUGUGGGGUUGCUUCUCAUCCAAGGGAGUGGGCUCACUCACAAUUUUGCCCAAAAACCAUGAGUCAUGAAUAAAGAAUUGUACCAAAACACCCUCUAACAGCAACUUCUUUCAACAAUCCACAACAGUUUGGUAAAAAACAAUGCAUUUUUUAGCACGAUGGAGCACCGUACCAUAAGGCAAAAGUGAUAACCAAGUGGGUCGCGGACCAAAACGUUGAAAGUUUGGGUCCAUGGCCUGGAAACUCCCCAGAUCUUAAUUCCAUUGAGAACUUGUGGUCAAUCCUCAAGAGGCAGGUGGACAAACAUAAACCCACUAAUUCUGACAAACUCCAAGAAGUGAUUAUGAAAGAAUGGGUUGCUAUCAGUCAGGAUUUGGCCCAGAAGUUGAUUGAGAGCAUGUCUAGUCGAAUUGCAGAGGUCCUUAAAAAGAAGGGCCAACACUGCAAAUACUGACUCUUUGCAUAAAUGUCAUGUAAUUGUCAAUAAAAGCCUUUGAAACGUAUGAAGUGCUUGUACUUAUAUUUUACUACAUCACAGAAACAACUGAAACAAAGAUCUAAAAGCAGUUUAGCAGCAAACUUUGUGAAAACUAAUAUUUGUGUCAUUCUUAAAACUUUUGGCCACGACUGUAGAUUUAUAUUAGAGAAAUAUGUGGAUUAAAAUAGGAGGCAAAGUGGAUUAAUUUCUGAGGCUUAAUCACAGAGGCAUUAAUCACAGAGGCAGAUGUGGAGUUAUAUUAGAGACAAUUGUAGAUCAAGAUCAGAGGCAGAUUGCAGAAGCACACAGUAGUUCUCAGUAUCACAUGUCACACUGUGAGAAAGUGUCAGUUCUGAAGUAACGCAGUUUUGUUCUGAUGUUUGUUUCUUUUUGACCACAACGGUAGCGAUGAUUGUCGCAGGAUCUUGUGGUCAGAGAUGUUCACAUGUUCUCAGUCUGCACUUCGUCUACAUGCAGUCCUCAAAUCAUGUAGCGCUUUAUGAAAUUGCCUGAGGACAGACAGCGUGACUCAGAGACUCCUGAGUGUCUACAGUGACGUGCGAGAGGGGAGCAGAUUUUAGGGGACGUUCCCCAUCUGACACUGAUCAGCAUCGCUGUGGAAAAGAUAAAGAAUCUCGGAGGGCUGUAGCACACGAGUAUUUGGGGGAGGUGUUGCGCAUCCUGCGGCAGGUGAUCAGCACCUAUCCUUUACUCAACACUGUGGAAACACUCACCGCCGCAGGCCGACUCAUCUCAAAGGUCAAAGGCUUCAGUUACGAAGGCAGCAAUGAGGCGCAGAAGAAAGACUUCGAAAAAGCCAUCGAGACCAUCGCAGUCGCCUUCAGCAGCAAUGUAUCUGAGCUGCUAAUGGGUGAGGUGGACAGCAGUACUCUCCUGUCUCUACCCCCCACUGAGAAGAGCAGGUCGAUGGAGAACCUGUGUGGGCUGCAAAUAGGACAGGGUGUGGACGGAGUGAGCCGAUACAACCAUGAGGACUGUAUGAUGAGCCCCGAGCAGGUGGAUAUCCUCCUGCAGCACAGUGAAGGAGGAGUCGACUCAGCUCUGGGCUACGCUAAGGCCAUCGCCAAGUACAUGAAAGACAUCAUAAGCUACGUGGACAAGCGCAUCGGUCUCGAGAUGGAGUUUGCUAAAGGUAUCCAGAGGCUGUAUCACUCAAGCAAGCAGAGCUUCACAGAGACGCCCAUGCCUUUGCUAUCGAUCUAUUCUCUGGCUCUGGAGCAGGACUUGGAGCAGAGUACGGGUGUACAGCAGUCCAUAAACUCUGUGCUCACACACUCUUUUCUACAGCCUCUAAUGCAGCGUAAACAGGAACAUGAGAAAAAGCGUCGAGACAUUAAAGAGCAGUGGCAGAGGGCCAAGAGGAAACUGGCAGACGCCGAGAACAACCUGCGCAAAGCACGCCAGUGGUACCUGACCCGCUGCGAGGAAUACGAGAAGGCCCGGCUCGUGGCCAAUAAGGUGGAGGAAGAGCACAGCGGAACAGGAAGCGGCUCCACCCACAAGACCCUGGACAGGAAGCGACGACACGAGGAGGAAGCUCGCAACAAGUCAGAGGAGGCUGAGGCCACAUACCGCACUUGUAUUGCUGAUGCCACCACUCAGCAGCAGGAGCUGGAGGACGUGAAGGUGAACGUGCUGAAACAGAUCCAGGAUGUCAUCAGACAGAGUGACCAAAUACUACGUGCAUGCACCAUAUCCUACUACCAGAUCCUGCACAUGCAGACUGCGGCGCUGCCGGUGCACUACCAGACGCUGUGUGAGAGUUGUAAGCUGUACGAUCCCGGCCAGCAGUAUGCCGCGCACGUCAAAAACCUGCAGCUCAGCACAGAGCGCGUCACCGUCUUCCAGUUCGAGCCGUACUCUGCCUCAGGCACACAUCAUCCUGCUCGCACACGUCAAGACAGCAUCACUGAAGAUCAGCAGCCAGGCAACACAGAGACCCCGCGCUCUAACGAACUGGGGACGGCUGCAGAUGGAAGCGCAGUCAAGACCAGAAGAGAUCGAGCUUAUCAAGCGCACAAGUCCUGGCCCUCCACUUUAAGUGACACAGACAGUGUAGGAGGAGGUAGUGGACUGGGUUCUCCUACCACCAGCUCAGGAGACAUCCCAAAGGCUACAAGACCAGUGUCAGCUGGAACCUUGUCUUCCAAUGAGGACAUAGAUGAGCAAGAUGGCAAUGUGACAUCUUUUGAACAAAGUAUGAAUGGGAUUGAACCAGAGAUGACCGUGUCCACUGGGCCUUUUCGUAACGUGGGUCUGUCCAAAGCUGCCAAGACACAUCGGCUAAGGAAGCUCCGUACUCCGUCCAAGUGCCGCGAGUGUGAAAGCUACGUGUAUUUUCAGGGAGCUGAGUGCGAGGAGUGUUUUCUGGCCUGCCAUAAGAAGUGUCUGGAGUCCCUGGCCAUUCAGUGUGGACACAAAAAGCUGCAGGGGCGGUUACAGCUGUUUGGCCGAGAUUUCUCCCAGGUGCUGCAGGGCAACUCAGAGGGAGUCCCGUUCAUCAUCAAGAAGUGCAUCCAGGAGAUCGAGAAGAGAGCACUUAGGAUGAAGGGAAUAUACCGCGUGAACGGAGUGAAGACACGUGUGGAGAAGCUGUGUCAGGCGUUUGAGAACGGCAAAGAGCUGGUGGAACUGUCUCAAGCGUCCCCGCACGAUAUUAGCAACGUACUCAAACUCUACCUGCGACAGCUGCCCGAACCCAUAAUGCCGUUUCGCAUGUAUAACGAGCUGAUGGGGCUGGCGAAAGAGAGUCUGCACUCUGACGGCUCAGACGGCGUGAAGGGUCCUGAGGUGCUGGAUCAGGGUGAGCAGACCGACCCCAAGGUGGUCCACCUGGUAGAGAAACUCCGAGAGCUGCUGAAAGAUCUUCCACCAGGCAAAACCGCCACAUUAAAAUACAUAGUACGGCACUUGCACAGAGUGGCUGAGCUAGAGGAAGAUAACAAGAUGAGCUUCAGUAAUCUGGGCAUUGUGUUUGGCCCGACCCUGAUGAGACCCAAACCCACUGGCGCCACCAUUUCCCUCUCCUCGCUGGUGGACUACCCUCACCAGGCCCGCAUAGUAGAGACCCUUAUCGUCUUCCAGGAUCACAUCUUCAGCCCAUCUUCAGACUCUCGGACCAUGUCUACGUCCGUCCGAACCUUCACCAUCCAGGCCCAGGAGAGUAUUGAUGUUGAGGAGGUUGAGGAAGAGCAGACCAGACCGACCUCAGAUCAAGACUGUGUUAACUCCCUGGGGCCGUCCGAUUCCCGCGAUCGCUCUCUGGACUCGGACUCCGAGGGGGAGGACAUGGGUAAGGUGAGUAAACGGCGCAUUCUGGUGAGCCAGGAGAGCGAGACCAGCACGGACGACGACCAGCUGAGUCCCCGAGCGAGUCUGGACCUGAGCACACUCGUCCCAGAGACAAUCCCCGAGCAGCCGGCUAACACGGAUGACUUGAGAGAAGCAGAUGCAGAGGAGCCAGUUGACCAGUAGAGAGCAGAGACAUCAGUUCAUCUAUCCAGUUCAGUCUGUAGCUCCUACUAUGGUGAAAAAAAAAUAUGCUCCCAAUAUUAAGAGAAAAUUGUGUCAAAACAGAAGUGUCAGGUCACACACUCAUGAAAGUCUAAUGCACUGAACAAUUGUUUUAAACAGCUCUGUUUGUGAGAUGAUUGAGAGUAUGUUUGUGUAUAUGUAUGAUUGGGGAUGUUUUAUACUUCUCUGGUAUGAUUGAAUGCUUUUAGUCACCAAUUGAAUGAAUGUAACAAGAAGAGUUGAUAAACGUUGGAGGUUUUGAUAAACAGUCAGUGCUCUUUUUUUGUGGGGGGAAAAAUCAGAGACCUUCUAAAGACCUAUUCCAUAUCUUCAGUUUUCCUAAAAAUGUGCAAUGUGCAUACAGAUCCUAAAUUUCUACCAUUUCACGUCUGGAAAAGAGUAAUCCAGCAUCCUAUACUGUCCUACAACUAUAAUACAUACAAUAAUUUGAAUAAAAAACUUUAACCUUCAUAAAGCUUAUGUUAGGUCAGGGGUAGUCAAGUUCAGUCCUAGAGAGCCACAAACCUAAACCCCUGUGUUAGGUAGCUGUGGCUCUAGGUUACUGAUCCGGGGGUCGGAUGUUCAAGCCCCAUCACUGACCCCAUACAUCCUGGGGACUGCAUGCAGUGCCAGUCGCAAGCCCAGUUAGAAAACGUUAGAGUUACAAUGGGAGCCCUUCCAUAUGCCUGGGCAUUUGACUUAAAACCCUUGUCAGAUCUUGUGGAUCAAACUCUCCAGUGUGGCGCCCCCUAGGAAUAAAGGGACAAAUAACAAGCCUUAUGUAUUAGUUACAGUUAAUAAACUGGAAGGUCAUGCAAAAGUCUAUGUAAGUCUAUGAUCAAAAAAGAAAAGUGAUUUAUAAAUUGCUUGUAAAUUAAAUUAGUGCCUAUUUUUAAAAAUAUUUUUAUAUAUUAAUAUCUUUUUGGCCACUAAAAGGCAGCUUCAUGUUUUUAGGUUGCCCCAGACAAAUUAUUUGUUACUUACACUCUUAUGCAAGUAUGAAUGAUCAGAAAUCAGAAAUGUGGCUGAUGAUUUAGCUGUGCAUUUUUUUACAUUGUAAUUUACAUUAAUACAUUUUUAAAGUUUUUUUUUUUAACAUUCAGUUGCAUUUCAAUUAAAACUCCACUUUCACUUCAGUCCAUUUUUAACCAAAUUAAUUUUGGUUAAACAUCUCCUGAUCCUUGCAUUCUGCAUGCGCGUGCUGUAUUCAUGACCAGACUGUGUAAUGAGAUGUGUGUAUUCCUAAAAAAAAAAUGUUCCAUUUAAGUUGUUCAGUUAUAACAGGAAUUUAGAAAAAACAAAGAGGUAUGAUCUUUACUACUGAAACUACAGUGUUGUACAUACAGAUGUUAAUCUAUAUCAUUUGUCAUUAGAUAGAUUUUCUUUGUUUUUUUACUAACUUAUAUUAUUUGAUGUUCGCUGAUUUUAAGGUUAAUUCACUGAUUUUAAUAUUUUCAACAUUUUAUUCAUCUCAUUGACUUGAAUAUGGAAAAAGCUGGAUAUUAUAAUAAUUUUCCACAAAAGGAGGAAAUGAUCAUGGUGUGGUUUUAACAUGAGAAUGAAUAUUUAUAUACAGUAUACUAUACAUUUACAGAAUAUAAGCAUACUGCUGGUCAGUACGCUACCACCUAACACCUGUGUGUAAGUUCAUAUGAAACAGUUGCCGUGUAAUAACGUCAUCUCAUUCUAAAUUUUAGCCUUAGAUUUUCUUUUUAUUUCUUUAUCUGAAUUUCAUGCUGUUUAUUUUGGUUUACAUGUAAAAAAACAAAACACAGGAGAGGACCUGAGAGCACGAGUAGUAUUCAUUUCUGUAUGAACUACUGAGUACUUAUACUGGAAAUGUCAGGUGUGGCUACAUUACAGUGAAUGAUUGAAUAAUAUGUAAAUGCAUUUUAUGUCCCGUUUAUGACUACAGUUAGUCCUGCUUCUUAAAAAAAGUUAUUUUAUGUGUUUUUAGACAAUCAUUUUUUAUAUAUGUAUGGAGGUUUACCUUUUCUUUAAUUGUAUCAAAAUGUUGUAUUUUAGUCUUUGUUACUGUUCUGUUCUUAAAGUACAAGGAUAUGAUUAUAGUUUUAUACAUUUUGUACACAAAAAUCAGCACACUGAAUGAAGAUCAAAAACAAAAAAACUAUUUGCCGUGUGCACGAACCGCAGUGUACGUGGAAUCCUUAUGCCUUGUCCCUUUUCUAUGAAGCGACCUAAAACUUUUGGUACUAUGAAACAAAUAGAUGAAUAAAAACAAACAAGAAAUCAAAAAAAUAAAAUUGAGAAACUUUAUUACAAAAACAUGUUUAAUAUUUAGCAAUUAUUACAACCACAAUUUAAUUGUAAAUGAAAUGAAUGUACAUUUGUCCCAAAACUACUACUGAGAAUAAAGUUACCGAGUUGUUCA